AUGUCCGCAAAAGGGCGCACACUCGAGUUAGGCAAUGUCCUGGUGGUCGGAGGCUGCGGCUUCCUUGGGUGGCACAUUGUCGAUCACCUGUUGAAUUUCCCCUCCGAGACCGACCCCAGCUACGCUCUGCCAAAGCCUGUCGGUGAUGCGCGCUUCGAGUUCCCGACUCUGGGAUCGCGCUACCCGAACUACAAAUCUACUGUUUCCGUCGUGGACUUGCGGACGACCAACAACCGUCUCCCAGGCGCCAAGUAUUACGAUGGCGAUAUCACCUCCGUUGACUCCAUGAUGGAGGUCUUCCGCGCGGUCAAGCCCGAUCUCGUCAUUCACACUGCCUCGCCCUCAAUGAUUGAGGGAAACAAGCCCCUGCUGCACAAGGUCAAUGUGGAUGGAACACGCACACUUCUUGAGGUCGCGGGUGGCGAGCACGGCGACUGGGGGAGUGAUCUGAAGAAUGUCAAUGAGGAAUGGCCGUACAUUCGGGGCCCCGCACAAAAGGAGUACUACUCCGAGACCAAGGCGGAUGCCGAGGAAAUCGUCCUGAAGUACAACAAGCAGUCUCCCAACCAGAUGUUGACGGCUGCUAUUCGCCCUGCAGGCAUCCACGGAGAGAAGGACACAACCGUUACACACAAGAUUCUCGAGCACGGAUCCCAGGCUUCAGACACCGUUUUGCGGAUGCAGCUCGGUGAUAAUGACAACCUAUUCGAUUUCACCUACGUUGGAAAUGUGGCAUACGGCCAUCUACUUGCUGCGCACCGACUUCUGGCGAGCUACGAGCUUCACGCGGCUGGCAAGGGCGGGCCCCUCGACUACGAGCGCGUGGACGGCGAGGCUUUCAACAUCACCAACGAUUCUCCCGUCUACUUCUGGGAUGUCACUCGUGCCAUGUGGGCUCUGAUCAACCGUGUCGUCGAGCCGCACCAGGUCUGGGCUCUACCGGAGGGUCUCCUACAGACUGUCGGUGCUCUCGCCGAGACGGUUAUGGGAAUGUUUGGCAAGACCCCGCGUCUCACUGCCCGGACGGUGCGAUACUCAUGCAUGACCCGAUACUACUCCACCGAGAAGGCUAAGCACCGUCUGGCUUACUUGCCUGUUGUCCCCUUGGACGAGGGUAUCGCCCGUGCGGUCGGAUAUAUUGUUGCUCAGCAGCAAUCGGACGCAGGCAAGAAGCAAUUGUAA